GGUAGGUCACUUUUUGCAGUUUGCACUUUUUAAAUCGUCCUUGAGCAUUUUAAGCUCAACAACGGCUGAUGCUUAUCAUUCAAAUUAGAACGCGAGAAGUGAGGUAAAUGUAAGGUUGUUUCAUUUUCCUUUUUCUUUUUCCUUUUCUAUUAUUUUUGUUUGUUAAUACAUUUGUUUGAAUUUCCACGUAAUAUUUACACAACAUUGUCACAGUGAAGUUUAUUUAACAGGUGAACAAGUAGAUUAGUACAAGCAACGUGCACCUUAAUGUAAAUUCAACGUCUAUUUGCAUAAUGUUAAAUCAAGAAGUUUAACAGAUCGAAAGUAAUGACAAAUAUAAUUAUCAUGUGCUGAUAUUGCUUUUGAUUUCAAGAAGCUUUGGGAGUCAAAUCUCUGGAAUGUUUUGAAAUUGCAGAAAUAUGCUUUUGUUGACAAGCUUGGUAUUUCCCAUUCUACUGGUUUUCGAACUUGGAGAAAGUUUUAUACUAGAUCACAGGGGAGGACCUGUUGUUAACACAACCUGUGGUCCGAUUGAAGGCUUAUCGCAAAAUGGUGCACAUGGUUUCCGUGGUAUCCCCUAUGCUUUACCACCAGUUGGCAAACUAAGAUGGCAACCGCCGAAGAAAUUAAACAUGGCCGAUGGAACAUGCUGGAACGGAACUUUAUCUGCUAAAAAGUAUGCAAACUUUUGCUACCAAUACGAAACCGAUACAACUUUCUAUGGAAGUGAAGACUGCCUUUACAUGAAUGUGUUUACACCAACCCUGGACAAAACUGCUAAGUUACCAGUGAUGGUCUGGGUUCAUGGAGGUGCAUACUCUGCAGGAUCCGGAAAUGACGACACCUAUUUUGCAGACGAAAAGAUGUCUGGGGAAACAAAUGUUGUUUACGUUAAUCACAAUUACAGACUUCAUACUUUCGGGUUUAUGGCAUUACAAAUAUUAGCAGAUGUUUCACCCACAAACACAUCUGGUAACUAUGCAUUCAUGGACACAUUGGUUGUUCUCGAAUGGGUCAGAGACAACAUACAGAACUUCGGGGGUGACCCGUCACAGGUCACACUUUAUGGCCAUAGCGCCGGCGCAACACAUGUUCUUGCUUUAAUGGCUUCUCCGCUAUCAAUGGGUUUGUUCCACAAAGGCUGGAUGGCAAGUGGGUCUCCACGUUAUGACAAACUAGCAAAGGACGCCUAUCAAGAUAAUCUUGUUUAUCUAAACAACACUAAAUGUUCCACAGUAGAUUGUCUCCUUGCGUUGACGUCACAAGAAGCGACAGAGGCCGUACCAUGGGAUGAGUUUCCAAACUGGGACAUGUACGAUCAGUAUGACAUACCUAAGAAACUUACCAGGUUCGACGGGAGUAUGGCUAUUGUGGACGGUUAUGUUGUACCGGAACCGCCAUUUGAAGCUUUCGCCAGCGGAUUUAAAAUGGAUAUUCCAUUCUUGGUUGGUAGUACCGGGCAAGAAAUGGACGGAGCUACCCCACCAAGUGAUAUGGGAACUUGGAACAAACCAGACUACGAACGAUUCGUCCAUCAACAGCUGGACACAUUUAGCACGUACAUCGCCGACAUGGCUUUGAAAAUGUAUCCUGUUACAGCAAACAUAUCCGCAAGAUAUCAAUGGGCUAGUAUGGUCAGUGACAUACGAGUUAACUGUGGGAGCAAUCUUGUGGCUUUGAUGGCUGCCAAGACCUUUAACUCACCUGUCUAUCGUUAUGUGGACACCAACAGACCGUCGAAACCAUUUGGUGAUGGCGGUGGAUCGAUCUACCCAUUCCAUACACAUGAUAUGUAUGCAUUCUUCGGAUACUUGUCCAGCUAUUUAUCUCCACUCAGCGAAUCGGACAAGAAAUUUGAACAGAACAUGAAAAAUGAAGUGAUUUCCUUUGUGCGUCAUGGUCACCCAAACACAACAGCCUGGAGACCGUUCCCUGGAUCGACUGGUAUCAUCUCGGAUACGGUAACAACCAUCCCGGAGUACCAUGCAGCAGAGUGCGAGUUCUUGUUUGCUAAUGGCUUCUUUCCCUAUUCCUGGCGCCAAUAG